CGAGCACAAACAUUUCGGAGAGACAUCAUCGCGGUGCGUGCCGGGAUUGUGGCAUUUUUGACAUAGCAUCGUUUUGGUCAUAUUGGCGGGAAUUCAGUCUGUUGCUAGUUGAACGAGCAAUUUUUGAAAAUUUUGUUCAGAAUCCAGUGAAACGAUUUGUAUGAUUUCGGACUCGUCGCCGAAGGUCAUGAACGGCGAUUGAGCGCUCGCAUUGAUUAGUGAAGGCGAGAAUGUUGACAGUCUGGAAUAAGGUCAAAGGGACUGGCGGGCAUCGUAUCAAUUACAACAAUCUACGCAAUAUGGUUUCGUUUAGUCGGAAAGAGUGCCUAGUUGGAUUGGCCUGUACGGUGGUUUUGUUGAAGUUCACGGUCGGGAGUCUGCCGGCUGUUGAUGGGUAUGAUAGUGCCGAUUCAAGUGCGUCCUACGAAGAACCCAUGUUCAAAUAUGAAAACCAUCUUAAUAAUACUCGUUACCAAACCAUCAACGAGAAGCAGAUGGUGGGUGUCCAUCGAAGAAAUUUCCCGGAUCCGGAAGACCUAAAAGCCACCUAUAGUUCCAACACUCAUCCGAGAUUCGAUCAAUAUCCGUUCCACUGUUCGGCCUGUCAGUUUCGGAGUGUUUUUGCCAAAGCUUCGCUCAAAUCGAUCAAAGCCCACGUGCUCAUGAAACUUGGCUUUGAACAUCCCCCAAAUCAAACCAACUAUCCGAAAGUGCCGGACGACAUUUUGAAAAAUUUCAACGAAAAAAUCAGCCCUAGUCAGCAGUCUAGGAUGCGAGAUGCCGGAGACAACCAAUACAUGGGUGAUGAUCCCAGUGUCCACGACCAGCCCGACGAAAUAGAGGACGAAUUUGAUUACUAUCAGAUAACGAAUAAGAUUUACAUUUUUCCCAAUCGUAAGUUGAUCUCAAAUUAAUCGAAUGUUUUUUCUUUGUUUCUCCUUUCUUCCGCAGGUAUCAAGCUUCUUCCAAUCGAUCUCAACCAUAUUUAUUAUAAUUUUUUGAAAAUUUAAUUUUAAGUUAUAUUUAUUCUAUUAAACAUUUCUAUUUAAUUUUUACAACUUUUUUAUUUUGAUUAAUUUUAAUGAGUUAGUCUUUUUAAGUAUCGUUUCAGCCUACGAAGCAGUAUGUAAUGGAUUGGAAUUGAAUAAAAUAUUUGUAAAUGACCAUGUCUAAA